AUGGCCGUCUUCCACUUCUGCUGGUGGCUUCUACUGGCCUGUAGCAGCAGUACCAUGGCCGCGGACAUCACCUUCCCGCAGACUAUAGAAGUGGACUUGAUAUUCCCCCACAACGACACCUACGCACCUGUCCCGUUCAUGCCCUUUGUUAUUGCAAUCCAGAACUUCCGCUCCACCGGAAUGAUCUUACUAAACCUCGCCUAUAAUUUUUCUGCGGCCGCUAACCCUGGGAACCCUAUAUUUUCUAAUUCCAAACAAUUUCAAUCUGAUGACCCCGACUACUUUGAUAAAGACGACACCGGAUUCGUACUUAGCUAUGCCAGUGAAACCAACAACGUCGAGAAAGCCUGGCUGUUUAGCUGGGAAUUAGAAAUAGCGAAUUGCACGAGGUCUAUGGAACAUCCGGAAUUGAAUCUUGUGCACGUCAGUCGAACAUCCCAGCGUAGGCAGGUUUACUUCACCACUAAGCACGGGGCCCAGCAACCGAAUCUCAUGGCUGCGACACAAGAGGGCACCUGCGGCAACAGGUCGAGUAGCGGCUAUGCUAUAAAUAUUACGGAAAUGAUAUAUAAUAUUCCCGAAGGGCAAUAUCCUAAUGAUGGAAGCGAAUGUCCCGUCAUUUCAGACACACCACCGACUCCAAACCCCUGUGGGGUUAGGAUGAACAACGACACCGCAUCACAACUUUUAUAUUCGAUUGACACCGAGGCAUGUUUUUGGUCCAAUGAUGUAUCCCACUGUCCGCUAGGUACUGGCGGGAUGAGUCAGGAGAGCGUAUCACGGCGAACAGUGCAGCUUUCGGCGAGCGGGCUGAUGUGGGCAGUUACUAUGGGUUGGCUCAUCUACAUGAGUACUAUAUAA